AUGGCUGCCCUCGCCAACGCCGCCGUGCUCCCCUCCACCUUCGUCGGCCAGAGCGCUGAGCUCGCCGCCAAGGUCAACAAUGUCGAGGCUCGCGUCACCAUGAGGAAGACCGCUAAGGCCUCCUCCAGCAGCGCCUUUUACGGCCCCGACCGCAACCUGUUCCUGGGCCCCUUCAGCUCCCCCCCGUCGUACCUCACCGGCGAGUACCCCGGUGACUACGGCUGGGACACCGCUGGUCUGUCCGCUGACCCCGAGACCUUCGCCAAGAACCGGGAGCUUGAGCUGCUCGCUGGCAACGGCGUGAACUUCGGCGAGGCCGUGUGGUUCAAGGCCGGCGCUCAGAUCUUCUCGGAGGGUGGCCUUGACUACCUGGGCAACCCCAGCCUCAUCCACGCGCAGUCCAUCCUGGCCAUCUGGGCCACCCAGGUCAUCCUGAUGGGUGCCGUUGAGAGCUACCGCGUGGGUGGCCUCGAGGGCUUCCAAGAGGUUGAGGACCCCCUGUACCCCGGCGGUGCCUUCGACCCCCUUGGUCUGGCCGACGUGAGAAACUGA